UUAGCAAUGGCGGCGGUGAGCAGUGGUCGGAGUGCGAUGGAUCAGCAAAAGGAAACGCAAAAUGGCACGAUGGACCGUUUAAAAAGACUUUAUCCGGCAGUCAACGAGAGCAAGACUCCGUUGCCGCGGGCUUGGAGUCCCAAAGAAAAAUACGGCUACAUUGGACUCUCGCAGGGCAAUUUACGUGUCCACUAUAAAGGGCACGGCAACUCGCAUCGGGACGCGGCCAGUAUCCAGGCGCCCCAUCCCAUACCGGCCGCCUGCGGCCUGUAUUAUUUCGAAGUGAAAAUCGUCAGCAAGGGUCGCGACGGUUAUAUGGGCAUAGGUUUGUCCAAGCGCGGGGUCAAUCUAAACCGCUUGCCGGGCUGGGACAAGGACUCGUACGGGUACCACGGUGACGACGGUCACUCGUUCUGCUCGUCGGGUACCGGCAAACCCUAUGGUCCGACAUUCACCACCGGUGACGUCAUAGGUUGCGGUGUAAACCUCAUCGAUAACACUUGCUUCUACACGAAGAACGGCCAUCAUCUCGGCACCGCCUUCAGCGAUCUACCUCCCGAUUUAUAUCCGACGGUAGGCCUACAGACUCCCGGCGAAGUUGUGGACGCUAAUUUCGGCCAGGAUCCCUUCGUGUUCGACAUUGAGGACAUGAUGAGGGAGCUGCGUGCCCGCACCAAAGCGGAAAUUUGCGAUUUCCCAGUGCCGGGCACUCAGGGCGAGUGGCAGGCCAUCCUGAACAAAAUGGUCUCGACGUAUUUGGUUCAUCACGGGUAUUGCAACACUGCCGAGGCGUUUGCCCAUAUCACUGACCAGCCAUUUAACGAAGACAUGCUUUCAAUUAAAAAUCGUCAAAAAAUUCUAAAGCUGAUCCUCUCCGGCCGUAUGGGCGAGGCCAUCGAACGAACCAGCCGACUCUAUCCGGGCCUCCUCGAGAACAACCAGAACCUCUUGUUUAUGCUCAAGUGUCGGCAAUUCGUCGAAAUGGUCAACGGGUCCGACAUCGACGUCUGCUACCGGAAAUGCGGUUUGGCAGGGGGCGGCGGCGGUGGCGUCCUGACGCCGCCCCUGAGCGCCGCCUCGCCCCGCGCAGCCAGUCCCGUCCAGACAUCGGUCAUUCAGUCCACGAAGGCGUUCUGUCACAAGACGACCAGCAAACCGACCGUCGAACAGAUGAAUAUGACGAACGCGGCUCGAAACGGUAACCGCGCGCCCGCCAUUAUCGGCGGCGACGACAGCGACAUCGAAAUGGACACGUCAGAGGAAGUACAAAACGGUCACCAUGGCGCAUGCGCCAACGGUAAAGAGUCGUCGCUGAACGGGUAUCGGAACGGUAACCGUCGCGACGACAACGAAUACGACGACGUGGGUGUCGGUGCCUGCGAUGACGAGAUGGACGUUGACAUGGCUUGCCACAAGUCAUCGUGCGUUAAACCGGCGGUGGAACGAAUACUGGAGUUUGGCAGGGAACUCUACAGUAUGAGCCAGAGACUGCCCGCGGACAAAAGUACGAAAGAGACGAAUCGACAAAUGUUGGAGGAUGCAUUUAGUUUAUUAGCCUACUCGAAUCCUUGGGCGAGUCCCGUCGGUUGGCAAUUGGAGCCGUCGCAGCGGGAGGCCGUGUGUGCGUCCUUAAAUUCGGCCAUUUUAGAAUCGAACCAUAAACCACGAAAGCCGCCGCUAGAGGUCGCGAUGGCCCACGCCCACGAACUCGUCCGCCUGAUGUCGACGUCGGGCUUGGGUUCGUGCGCCUUCGCGUCCGUUUCGGACGUACUCGAACACCAUCAGGCGCAGGCGCAACAGCAGCAGCAGUGACCCCCGCGUGCACCGCGGCGCGAUCCGCCCCUCCGAUGAAUUCGCUCUCGACUGCCAUUUUACACGAUACGUAGUCCCCGUUAAACCGGGCACAGCCCGGUAGGAUAGCGGUCGCGUCCCAGCAGGUGGUAUUCCGGUCGGUUGGCGCGGUCGCGGGCGUCCUUGGUGAUGUAGUGGUAUAGCACGUUGAGAAUGCCAUCGACGCAGCUUACACCCAAAUUAUACCGGGAACCUCCAAAAAGAAUUUUUUUUAUAAUAAUUUUUCUGGUGUUUCGCAGAAUUCGUGGGUUCGGUAAGUAUCGCUUUUGUGGUAGGUGUGUCGUCCGUCGAGCUGUGUGUUUUCGUGAACUUCGAAUUUUUAAAAUAGAUUAUGUAAAAAAGCCCACUCUGCUUUUUAUGGCUAAUCGAAAAAUAAUAAUAAUGAAAGGAUUGAAUAAUUUUCGAUUCGGUUUAUAAUUCGUGUUCGUAGACGGAAUCAAACAAAUGUUUUGCCCUUAACUAAUUGUUUUAUAGUUCGAAAAUGCAAAGAAUUAGCACAAAUACAUAUCCACGCUAUUUACAAACUAAACAUUUUUUUUUUGAUUUGUUUUGUUAUUUCUAUUAAAAUUUUCUUGGACGCCAGUGGAGACCUUUGAUGGUGAGGAGUAACAAAUAUAUGGAGAGUUCGGGGUGGGACGUUUGGGUGUGAGGGUAAGUCGUCGACCUUGGCUGGUCUCGUGUAAAAGGAAAAUGCUGUCAAUAAUGUGAUAAAAUCUUAAGUAGAAACACGGGGGUCAUUUCUUGUUCGGCUUUAAUUUUGAUUGUUUAUUGUUUUUUUUUUUUAAUAAUUCAUUGCGACUUCAAUAAACACGUGUAAAUAGGAGAUAAUUUUUUUAUGUUUGUACAUAAGAAAACGCGUAAGCGCGGACGACAAGAAAAUUAUAAAACAGAGAGUUAUAUUAUUAUUUGUCCAGGUUUCGUUUUGAUUUCCGUUUUCGUUUUUGGGCGUUUUUUAACAAAUUAUUAAAGAGUUAUUGUGUAAGGUGUUUUUAUUUUUAAUGUAGACAUAUACCGUUUUUUUAGAGACGCAAAUUGUACAUAAAUUAUAAAAUGUUAUAAUUUAUCGAUAAUAAAAAAAAUAAUAAUGGAAA